AUGGCUACAGGAAGAAGUUCAAUUAAAGUUCCAUGUGAAAAUGAAGACUUACCUGACAAAGAAAAUGCACCAAAUUUUGACGAGGACACUUUACGAGGUUAGCUAGGUUCAACUUCGGCUUCAGCAAUAGUUAGAACAAUUUAUAUUUGAUCAGGAUCAGUUUCAAGAAUGUAAGCAGAUGUGGAGAAUGAUAUUAAUACACUGCAUGACCACUUUAAAGGAUGUUUAGCCAGUCAUGACUCUCUUCUAUGAUUACAAUAUGCUGUUCAUUGAGAAGAUCUAUGACACAGAAACUUUGCUAUUUUCUUUUCUAACAGUUCAAAGCAAUAACACAAAGUUAUAAUAAGUUAAGACUUUAUUUGAUCAUCAUAUAACAUCCAUUGCGUAAGUUUGCAUCAUGGGUACCAUCAUCAUCAUCACCAUCAUCUUUCUAUUUUAAUGAAACACAAUCACUUUGAAACCUUCAACAUUCCCUCUCUUCUCCUCGAGCAACUCACAGGCAUUUGAUCUUCAUCCAAGCCAAAGAUGGUGGGGGGUUUAACCCUGCCUGACUGGCGUUAGGGAAUUCGAAUAAAAACUGUCACAUCUAAUUUCCAGUAGAGUACAAGUGUUAUUUCUCAUUGAAUAUGGAGGUGUUUAAGGUAGAUAGUGUACCUUCACUAACAAAUGGCCCAGUAGAAAUAAGGCUUCAAGGUCUAGGUUUUAAAGCUUGGUCAAUUAGUUUUUAAAGCUUGAUCAACUAGUUGAAAGUCAAAUUGCUAAUUAUUUCGCCUUUUACAUAAAUUAUGUGGGGCAUUUGAACAUUUUAUUAAUUUUGCCCAGGGAAUGGGAAUUUUAGGAGACCUAUCUCCAAAAAUUUAAAUGCCCAGGGGUUUGCCUCAAGUUGAGUGAUGCCUAAUUCUCAUCAUUAUUCUUACCCAUGAUGUCACCUACAUCAGUAGCAUAAUCAUAACUAUUGAAAAUCUGCAGAUUUUAAAUCUCCAGAUCUUGGCAACUCUGAUUAUACACUAAUAAUUAUUAACUACGACCACAGACUUUGACACCUAUUUUUAAUUUUUUUUUCGAAUUAUUUUAUUUUUCUUUGCAGCCACAGCUGAUGUUUAUAGAAAUGAGGGUAAUGAGGCCUUCAAGAAAGGAGAUUUCAUCAAUGCUAUUCAUUUUUACACCAAAGGAAUUAAAAUGAACUGCAACGAGAAAGAACUGAAGGCCAAACUGCACAACAACAGGGCUAUUGCACAUUCUAAAAUU